UUGAAUAAAACAAAAGUGCCGGUGCUUGUCUAUUACGUCUUUUUCCCAUUUCCUAAUUGUAAAAACAUGGAUCCGUACCGAUCGGAAGCUGAAGCGGCUCCUCCAACUCCCAAAUGGAAAAGACUACUGAGACAGAAUUCCGAGAAAAUCGGCACAUUCGCCGAAGAUGUUGUCUUACCACCAAAUCAACGGAGUGGACAAAGAGCUCCUUUGCCGGAAGUGAUAUUAAUGCGAGACGUUGAGGCACAAAAUUCUUCCAUGGUCACAAUGGUUAUAAUAGACCAAUCGCCACAAAAACAAUCGAAACAUUUCCCGAGCUUUAUUGUUGGCAUCUCCAUCAUCCAAGUUUUUUUGAUGUACAACGUGAACAACCAGGACUUGCUGAUUAAUCUCGGGUACGAUCCACAUCGUCGACAUGAACUCUGGCGACUCGUCACCAUUAUGUUCGUUCAUAUUGGCCUCCACCAUCUCUGGUCGAACGUUAUAUUUCAAUUAAUAUUGGGCAUUCCACUGGAGAUCGUGCAUAAUUGGAGACGCAUUUCAAUAAUCUAUAUAGCAUCCGUUGUCGGUGGUACGUUAUUCAUUACUGUGCUGAGUCCAAGGACAUACACCGCCGGUGCUUCUGCUGCUGUAUAUGGACUGCUAUUUUCUCAUCUAUCGACAAUUAUUUUAAAUUGGAACGAAAUGGACCGUAAAUGUUGCCGUUUGUUUUGGCUCUUAGCGUACAUGUCUUUCGACAUUGGUUUUUCGAUUUUCUACGCACUUGAAAAAAAUCAUGAAGGCUCAGACAUAAGCCAUGCAGCUCACUUCGGAGGUGCUGUUACCGGAUUUUUAGUGUCCAUUUUGGUGCUAAAAAAUUUCCAAUCACAUCCGUGGGAGGAAAAGAUGCAAAAAAUCUGUUUGACGAUUCUUAAAGUUCUUGCCGUUACCAUUUUGAUCGUCAACAUUGUGGUAUGGGGUCUGUACUUGCCGGAAGAAUGGAAUUUCAAUUAUCGAAAUUCGCUUCAAGUCUAUCUCAAAAAGAUUAUUGUUGAAAGUUCAAACAAAUCUCAAAUACAUAAAAAAUGCAUACGAGACUUGGACUGCAAAUCAAUACUUGACCAAUAUGCAUUUAACGGCACAAUAAGCAAUAUAUCAUUAGAAUGA